AUGAAAAAAAAGAGAAAAGUGGCCAUGAAAAACGCAUCGUUGAAAGAAUCUGCUUCAGCUACCGGGCAGAAAUCUUUGCUAACAUUUUUUGAAAACAAUUCUAAUGUAAAUGUAACAGAAAAGCGCGUACAACAUCCCUUGUUAUCAGAAAAAGAAA